CGACAACAUCCAACCUCGAACAUCAUGCCGUGAUUUCCACCCUUCAUAGUACUUCUAAGUACAUGUUUUAUAUACCUUUUCAUCUCAAUCAACACCACAAUAGUUCUUCCGUUUCUGCACAUCUAGAAACACAAUUUAGCUACCCGACGAAAUCUACACCGAUCACAAAAUGUCGUCCUCCCCCACGCCCUUCCAAUUCCUCCCCUUAGGUGCCAUCAUCCAAUCCUUCCUCGUAGGAAAAACCAACAUCGUGCAAUCCUUCCCCAAACAAUCUCUCUACGUGUCGCACAAUGCUCCCUUCUUCGGAGAAACGAUCGGACGAGUCGCGAACCGAAUCUCGAAUGCGAAAAUCAAUUCGUUGAACAAUAAGUCUUAUUCUCUCGCGCAGAACAAUGGGGCGAAUUCUCUACAUGGCGGAGUCGUGGGAUGGGGAAAGAGGGUGUGGGAUGGUCCAACACCGGUGGGUGUGAGGAAGAUUCCGGGUGUGGAUGGAUUGGAGGGUGGUGAGAGUGUGGAGUUUAAGCUGAGGAGUGAGGAUGGCGAUGAGGGAUACCCAGGGACGGUGGAUGUAUCUGUUGUUUAUACUGCAGGCACACAAACCGAGGGUGUAAAGGAAGUUCGAGUCCUAGGAAUUGAGUAUGAGGUCAAGAUGGUUGAUGAUGCGAGCGGGGCACAGGAGACUGCGGUCAAUGUUACAAAUCACUCGUAUUUCAACCUAACCGGUGCCCCGACAAUCGAAGGAACAGAAGUCUCCCUCUGUACAUCCGACUUCCUCCCAGUUGACGAUGGAGGAAUCCCAACGUCCGCAAGCACAGCAUCAUACCCCGGCGUAACAGCCAAUAAAACCUUCACACUCGGCGCCACGGAACCAGACAUCGAUGACUGCUUUAUUGUCGAUCCCUCAAAAGCCUCUUCCAUCCCUCUCGAUACUCGAUCUUCUCCGUUGCAUAAGCUGAUCACUGCUUAUCAUCCCGAAACAAAGAUCCAUCUCGAGGUUCUGAGCACAGAACCCGCGUUCCAAUUCUAUACGGGAAAGUAUAUCGAGGUCCCGGAGGUGGAGGGAGUUCCUGCGAGGGGAGCGAGAAGUGGGUUCUGUGUCGAGCCGAGUCGGUAUGUGAAUGCGGUUAAUGUUGAUGAGUGGAGGGGUCAGGUUGUGUUGAGGAGGGGAGAGGAGUAUGGUAGUAGAGUUGUCUACAGAGGGUGGAGUGAUGAGUAGGAAAUCAAUUCUUUGGAAGUUGUUCAAAUAUACAUGAUGGGAGUAGACUGAUCAAUGAACAACCUAUGAUCCAUCAAGCCAU